AUGGGCGCACCCAAGACGUGGUACGGCGUGCCAGGCAUGGCGGCUCACGCCUUUGAGGCCGUCGCCAUGCGCCACGUGUACGGGCAGGGGCAGGGGCAGGGGCAGGGGCAGGGCGGGGGGGACAUCCCCGUUGGGGCGGGCGAGGGGGGUUGCAUGGUGAGGGAAGCAAGUGGCAGCGUGAAGAGCGAGGAGGAGACAGGGCGGGCGCGGGGGGGUCACAGAGCGGAGGGCAGGGGCGCCGCGUGCAGGGAGCAUGAGCAGACGCCUGGGCGAGGGGGCGGGUGGGGGAACAGGAGGGGCGGGCACGGAGGGCGGGGGCGCGGUGGGAGGUGCACAGCAGGGGGAGAAGCUGAUGCUGUGAGGGGCGACAGUGGUUGGGCAAGGGAUGAGGUGGAGAGGGCGGGUGGAGCAGGGGUGGGGUCCCAGGGGCGGUGGGGGGGUGGGGCGGUGGGGCGGGCGUGUGAGGCGCUGAUGGGCAAGACGACCAUGUUCUCCCCUCGCCUGCUGCUGGCGCAUGGCGUGCCCGUGGUGCGCGCCGUGCAGGCUGCGGGGGAGUUUGUGGUGACGUACCCGCGGUCGUACCAUGCUGGGUUCAGCCAUGGCUUCAACUGCGGAGAGGCGGUCAACUUCGCGCCGGCCGACUGUGCCAGCAAGACACAAGGGAGGGCGGUGAAGGAGGUGCAGGAUGGGGUGCGAGGGCAGAGGGCAGAGAAGGCGGCACGGCAUGCAGUGGUGGUGUUCUCGCCGUGCAAGGAGAGCGGCCCGGGGCCCCCUGGGGGCCGUGUUGCCCACAUCCACCUGUCCGCAUGUGCCGUGGCAGCAGCGCCUGGUGGCAUGGCAAGCAGCAGUGGCCGUGGCACACGGAUAGGACGCAGUGAGGAGCGCAGCAAUACUCAUGUUAACCCUGUUGAUACCACUGACCUCAUUCACCCCUCUAACCCCCCUGCCUUCAACACGCCCCUCGCCCUCAUUCACCCUGCUCACCCUGUGGGCCUUGGGCACCCUACUGAUCUUACUGUUCCUACUGACCCCACUGACCCCGUAGACCCUACUGACUUGAUUGACCCCAUUGACUCUGCACACGUCAUCCACGCCAUCAACGCCAUUCAAGUCUCCCCGUCCCGCCUGGCGGCUCUGGGUCGUGUGGAGCGCAGCACAGUGGAGCAGUUUGUGUGCCUGGUGGGCGAGGAGAGGCGCGUGCAGGCGGGCAUGCAGCAGCGCGGGGCCGUGGUGGCGCUGCUGCCAGAGCUGUCAGCAGCGCUGCCCUGCUCGCUCUGCUGCCGCCUCUGCCACCUCGCUGUGGUGGCAUGCUGCUGUGUGCGCGACCCCAUCUGCCUGCACCAUGCCCUACCUCUGCCUUACCGCGUCUCACCGUGUCUUAUUCCUCCUGCAUCUCUCCCCACCCCCUCCCCGUUCUGUCCACGCGAUCCCAACGGGCCAGCCAGCAUCAACAGCGCGUGUGGCUGUGGUCCCCUGCGGGUCAUCUCGCUGCGCCGCCACACGCCCGCCCUCCACCGCCUCGCCCUGCGCCUGCACACCGCCCUCUCUGCCACGCCCACCGCACCCCACCGCUCUGCACACCUGCCCCAGGAGCACCCCAUGGCAGGGCGCGCAGCAGCAGCAGCGGGCGUGCUGGCAGCGCUGGGAGCAGCGGCACCAGCGCGGUGGGAUGAGGACGUGGCUGAUAUCGAAUCACUCUCUAACGAGCAUGACUUGGAGGGGUUUGGUGGGGGCGCUGAGGAGGGGUGGGUGAGAGGGGAUGGGUUGAGCGGAGGGCAGGGGGUGGGCAUGAACAAUGGAGAGGUGGAGGACGCAAUAGGAGGGAUCAGUGUGAGAAGAAUGGGUGCAGUGGUUGAGAACGGUGACAAGGGAUGCAGAGAUGGCAGGCAUUGUGGUGGUGACAUUGAGGAGAAGCCAUGCAAUGACAUGGCAUGUGGUGGCAACAUACCGUGUGGCACAGGCGAGGGCAAGGAAGCAGGGUGUGGUGCAAGUGAAUGUGCUCUCACGGAUUGUGCUGCUGAGAUGCUGUGCGGCAAGGCUGCUGGGCGGGGCAGCAGCAGUGCAGCCACUGCUGGGGUCCGUAAUGAGGUUGCUGGAGGAACAGCAGGAGGGGCAGCAGGAGGGGCAGCAGGAGGGGCAGCAGGAGGGGCAGCAGGAGGGGCAGCAGGAGGGGCAGCAGCGGUGCAGUGGAGGGGCGAGCAGGCGGCGGCGGCGGCAGCUGUGGAUGGUGUGGGAUGGUGGGCGGCGGAGGAAGAAGAGCCGCUCCGCUCAGGGGGGAGCAUGGCCGGGCGUGGCAGUGAGGAUGGCAGCGGGGACGAGUGGCGCUGGACGUGGGAGAGUAAGGGGCGGCGGAGCAGGCGGGGCACGCGAGAGGUAGCGCACUUGCAACGACACAGCGAGCAGGGAGGGAUGCGUGUAAGAACGAGGGGAGAGAAGAGGAAGGUGGAGGAUAAAGCAAGGGGGGAAGAGGGCGUAGAGGCAGGGGCAUGUGUGAGUGGUGUGAAGCAGAGGCGGCUGGCGGAUGUGAGUGGGGGUAGCAGCACCACACGGGCACUGAGGGAGGGCACAGCUGUUGCAGGGACCAUGGAAGGGGUGCGCGUGGGAGGUGUAAAGGCAGAAGAGCAUGGAUGGCAUUUCUGCACGCUGCCGAUCGACACGGCCAAGGUGCGCCUGCAGCUGCAGGGCAAGGCGGCGGGCGGGGCGGGCGGGGCGGGGGGCGCGGUGAAGUACCGCGGGAUGGUGGGGACCAUGGGGACGAUCGCGCGCGAGGAGGGGCUGUCGGCGCUGUGGAAGGGGCUCGUGCCGGGGCUGCACCGCCAGUGCGUCUACGGCGGCCUGCGCAUCGGCCUCUACGACCCCGUGAAGGCACUGUUCGUGGGCAGGGACCACAAGGGCGACGUGCCGCUCACCAUGAAGAUCGCUGCUGCCCUCACCACAGGGGCGGUGGGGAUAGCGAUAGCCAACCCCACGGAUCUGGUGAAGGUGCGGCUGCAGUCCGAGGGGCGCCUGCCACCCGGCACACCCAAGCGCUACUCGGGCGCCCUCAACGCCUACGCCACCAUCGCUAGGCAGGAGGGCGUGGCGGCGCUGUGGACGGGCGUGGGGCCCAACAUCGCUCGCAACGCCAUCAUCAACGCCGCUGAGCUCGCCAGCUACGACCAGAUCAAGCAGACGCUGCUCAAGGUACCGGGCUUUGGUGACAACGUGGGGACGCACCUCAUUGCUGGGCUCGGCGCCGGCUUCUUCGCCGUCUGCAUCGGCUCGCCCGUCGACGUCGUGAAGUCGCGUGUGAUGGGUGACAGCAGCGGGCAGUACAAGGGCACCCUCGACUGCUUCGUCAAGACCUUCCGCAACGACGGCGUGAUGGCGUUCUACAAGGGCUUCAUCCCCAACUUCGGCCGCCUCGGCUCCUGGAAUGUCAUCAUGUUCCUCACGCUCGAACAG